AUGAAGUCCUACACCAUCACCAUACUCCUCGUCGCCCUCCUCCUCGCCACCAUCGCCCCGCUCGCCUCCACCUGGUCCCUGGCCAUCUACGACAACGAUGACUGCAAGCCAUCCUCCUACUACGCCUACGGCGACGACGGCGUCUCCGGCGUCUCAGAAUGCACCCGCGUCGGCACCAUUGGCGCGAACGCCAUGUGUUCCUUCACGCGCGACGGCGGCCAGACGUCCGAGCCGUGCGACUUCCAGCUCGACAUCAGCGGCAACAGUCCCUUCGGCUGGGCCUUCCCGGAUGACACGACGUGCUAUUUUGGCUACGACUCCAACUGCACCUUCGAGACCACGUACUUAUUCACGACCCAGGACUGCGCCGAUUUCCCGUUCCCGAAGCCGGAGAGUGGGUAUGAAUUGUACUUCAUGUGCGGCAUGGAUUUCGAGUAG